AACAAGUAGUGACUACUGAGGGCAAAUGCAAUGAUACAAAAUGGCAAUAGCCUUACACCCAAGCACUUUGAUACUUCCAUUCCUUUAAGUGCUAAUGUCAGUUAUGGUUAGCUAUACAAUGGAAGAUGCAGCCAAAGACAGAGAGGAAUGUGCAAAGCAACUAGUAGGACUGGCUACAUGUCUGCCUUACGUUGGUGAUCAAGCAAAAGCACCUACACCAGAUUAUUGCACUGGUCUUAAACAAAUCCUAAAGGACAACAAGAAGUGCUUGUGUUACAAAUCUGAAUUAGGACUACAGAAUGUAACACUUGCUUUGGGCCUGCCCUCAGUUUGCCAUGCCCCUGCUAAAGUCUCCAAAUGUCCCGCUCUUCUACACUUGGAUCCUAAUUCACCAGAAGCUCAAGUUUUCUACCAAUUGGGAAGGAGUUCUAAUCAAAGUGAUGGUAGUCCUGCUCAUAGUCCUAGUGGUGUAGGGAGUUCCGCGAGUGCCAAAAGUGAAGGGACCAUUGGUCAAGACAAGAAUGAAGGUUGUUAUGAUCAAAAGAGAUGGUUUGAAAUGGAGAUUGUUAUUGGCGGGGCCUUAACAUGGUGUUUCAUCAAUUCACACUUGUUCAUAUAGGUACUUGGACUGUCACUUUUCAGUAACUUUGGCCUUGACUGCUGUUUUGUAAUUGUUAUACUCAUGUUAUAUUCUCUUCAUUUAUUAAUACUCCCUACCUCUAUUUAUCCCAAAAUAAUAAUAAAACCCUUCCAACUCUCCCUUUA